GAUGAAGCUCCUGAUUCUCCCUGUGUUCGCCCUGUUUUACGUGGCCCACUGUGAGGAAGGUGCCAGGCUGCUGGCAUCCAAAUCUCUGUUGAACAGAUACGCGGUGGAGGGCAAGGACUUGACGCUGCAGUACAACAUCUACAACGUCGGCUCCAGUGCUGCGUUAGACGUGGAGCUGUCCGAUGAUUCUUUCCCCCCAGAAGAUUUUGGCAUUGUCUCCGGGAUGCUCAACGUCAAGUGGGACAGGAUUGCUCCAGCGAGUAACGUGUCCCACACGGUGGUUCUGCGGCCUCUCAAAGCUGGUUACUUCAACUUCACCUCUGCCACCAUCACGUACCUGGCGCAGGAGGGCGGACAGGUGGUGGUUGGUUUCACCAGUGCUCCUGGGCAGGGAGGAAUCCUGGCUCAGCGGGAGUUCGACAGGAGGUUCUCCCCACACUUUCUGGACUGGGCAGCUUUUGGUGUGAUGACCCUGCCCUCUAUUGGGAUCCCGCUGCUGCUGUGGUACUCGAGCAAGAGGAAGUACGACACCCCCAAGCCCAAAAAGAACUGAGCAAAAAGAAACGCCACCAGCACCCUGGAGCUCAGGAGAGAACAAACACGAUCCCACCCGGAACUGCAGGUUUGUGGGGAUCAGCAACAGCCGCCCCAGAGG